AUGAAGGCAUCGAUCUUCUCGACGCUCAGCCUCGGCCUUCUCGCCACCCUCACUCAGACGGCAACUGCCGCAGCACGCAGCCCCGUACUCGUAUUCGGCUCCUCGCAGACCGGCCCCGACCUCUUGCCCAGCCUCGGCCCCUCCUCAUCCCUCUCCGCCUUGGCAUCGCGGCUCCUCUCUCACAAGACCGAAUCACGCGGAUCCUGCGCUGUGGACACCUUUGUUGUCGUCGAGGCCGACCACCUCGAUCGCUCCUCCUUCACGGGCCUCCGCCACGGCGCAGACUCGUUGAGGCAGAGGGCAUUGAGCGCACCUGCCCAGCUCACCUUUGACGCCAACGAGGGCACCGACCUUGCAUUCGAGAACGACCUCGUGCAGAGGCUGCAGAAGGCCUGCGGCGGCCAGCCGAAGCAGGUACAGCUUGCGCUUGGAGACCAUGUCCGAGGCACCGAGCUGAGCACCGGUGGCGUCAUCAAGGUCCACGUACAAGACCUCAAGGGACAAGAGGCGUCCCUGCUCACCACACUGGCUGCGAUCGAUGCCGCUUACCCGCGCAACGUCGUCAUCGUUGCCGCCCCAAGCGCGCGUCGCCUCUCCAAGCGCCAGUUCCCCAACCUCGGCGACCUCACCGAACUCAAGAAGGACGACAAGAACGGCACGUGGACUGAACCAGAAGGCAGCGUCUUUGCUCGAUACCAGCUCUUUUCGUCGGCACAGAUCCUCAUCCUGCUCGUCGUCUUCGCAGUGCUGGUGCCCGCCACCUUCGUCGUCAUUGGCCAGCUGGCCACUGUCCAGGUCCCCGACCAGAUCGGAGUCAGGAAGGACCCAAUCACCGGCGACAAGAAGAGCCAGUAG